AUGAGAAUUGGUAUAUCGGAGAAUCUACGAGGUGACGAGUUGGAAUUAGAGUUGGGCCGCUUUCAAGUUUGGAAAACGGUCCCCCCUCUUUACCUCUCAAGCAAAUUGGAAGUUGACGUAAAACACAAAAUUGAAGGGAGUAAAGACAAAGAUGGGGGAGCAAUUAGUGGGCUGCCUUUUUAUUGGCCGGGACUAAAGUGGUGGAGAUGGACCCGUUAA